CAAGGAUUAGGGACAAGGCUGUAAUGCAUGUGCUUGUCUUAUCGCAGUGCUAUCUACUCUGGGAGUAUCACUACUACAUACUACUAUGCGUGCUUUAACGAACACUGUGUCAGUGGUACCCAGAGGACAUGGCACUGAGCAAUCUUCCGAAUACGAUGCCGAUCGUAACGUGGUUGAGUCUUGUCUCUGUCCUCUGUCCUCUGUACAGCCUCAGAUCACAUGCUACCGAGAUGAACCUGGGGUUGUCUCCAUUUCCUCCAGAUUCUUUCGAUUCUCGUCAUUGCUACCGUCUUCUCCGCAUCGUUGGACUCGAUCCCCCGCAUUUCUCUCUAACCGAUGCUCCAUUGUAUCCAUCUCUCGUCUAUCAAGGUUCGCGGAGGUCUGGAGGUCACGUACCGAGUUGACCGGAGAAUGUGAAUACGGUGCAUCCGUGGUUCCCCCGAGACCCCUGAUCGGAGAUGUCAUCCAGAUAUCACCACAUCGUUCCAUAGAGAUUCAAUUCAGGUACACACACAAUGACAUUGGCGAUAUUUCAGUAUCGCGCUCUACAUUUAUCUCUACUACAACUUGUAUGUGUCGUGUUCUGUUGACUGCUAACGGGACACUCGAUGGACACUAGCACUAUGGAGACUGCCGAUCCCGAGGCAGUCGGCUCAACCUUGGGCCUAAAAGGAAUAUCGCCGCUGCAAGUCGCAAUUUCCCUAUGCUCCUCCGAAAAGACCGUCUUGCGCUAGCUUUGAUUUUUGGUGCCAUUUGACCAUGCUCUCCUGGCUCUCUCCGUGCUCUGGAUUAGCAAUGCUACCAGGAGAUUCAUUCGAAUUGGGCAACUCCCCCGGCAUAUCCCGGUCCAAACGAGGGACCGCCUCUCCCUUGUGCCAUUGACAUCAGCAAAGCUCGGAAUCCUCUAAAUGGAGGUGAAUAAACUAAACUAGCGAAGGCCCUGUGGGGGGCCGCAAUCCUCGGCUGGCUCCAUUUUCUCUCUAAUUGUGGGGAGAAAUUUUGGUCCAAUUGUUUAGU